UUUUUUUUUUUUUUUUUGCACGGUUAUGUGCGUCACACAGUACAAGUCUCUAUGUGGCAAAUGUACCUCAUCUCAUUAUAUACCAGUGGCCAAACGACCUUGAGCACAUCAAGAUAUGCGAUUUCUCAAAAUAGACAAAAGGACUUCGUUGUCACCUGAGUCCACUUCAUUGGUUAAAUGAAUGAGAUUUUGGCAGAUUUCUGUUCCUGACGCACUGGUUUAGUGGAGAUGCUUCGCGCAGGAGUCCUUCAUCAGCCUUCAUUUGUUCAGUGCAUUAAACCGUAGACCUCUUGAAGUUUUCUAUGGAUAGAUCUACACUUGCCCAACAGGUGGAGAGUGUUGAGCGUAAUGCAGCAUUCUUGCAGCAGGAGCAUCGCAUCCUGCUGAAUGGUCUUCGUCUGGAGAUACGACACUUGAAGAAACGUUGCAAUGAGCUGAGUUGUGAUCUAAGUGCAAUGCCACCAGUAAGAAGCAGAGAAGAUAUUGAGCUAGAGGAAGCGUUGCUUCAGGCACGAUUAUUGGAGACAGAGCAGCAUCUGGCCGAGCAGGACAGUUCACUGGUGGAGCUGCGGGCAGAGCUACGGAGAAAGGGGGGAGUAGCGAACUCGCUCCAGGUUCGGCUUAGAAACGAAGAGCGCUGUUUUCUCGAGGAGCUGAAGCGGCGCAGUCAUAAGAUAACGACGCUGAGUCGUGACCUCCGCAAACAGACCGACGUGGCCGCUCAGCUCUCCUUCCAGUUGCACUCUGCACACUUUCGUCUAUAUCACCAGACAGAGGAUGAUGAGGAAGAGGAGGAGGAGGAAGAAGAGGAAGAGGGAGGAGCCAUACAGGAAUCCGACUGGACCUCAAGCUCUCCGUGGGAAUCAGCGGAGAGCACACGUCAAAGCCGAGCUGCAGGAAGGAUGCGGAGGUCAGAGAGAGUGAGAGAAUGUGUGCCCCGUGAACGGGUGCUUGGGCCAGAGGAGCCUCGCUCUAUGCCUGACCCCGCCCUCUUCCUUUAUCCUUUCAGACAUAGGCUCCUCCCUUUGCACAGGUCACUCGGAGGUCACUGGAGGGAAAGUGGUCUUUCGGAGACUCGGAUAGGUCGAUUCAGGGGCCGGGCACUGAGGGAGGACAUUGGACCGGAGACUACAGAGUUAUAGACCAAUGUAAAGGCUGGGUGUGAAGUUUUUAGAAAUUGGAGAAGGAUGUUAGUGUACAUCAGUGUGUAUUUUGUCAUUUCUGAGAUUUUAAAUAUAAGUACAGUAUUACACAGAAUUUCUCGUUGUGUAGUCUAUACAAGGUCAAUACGCUGUCUUAUUUUGCAAAUGCUGACACUUGCUAAAUUCGUAAAUGAUUUAAAGAUGUAAAAAAACUUUUCUGUAGUUUUCUGAGUAAACAAAAGAUCUGGUUGUUGCUUUCAGAAAUGCGUGCAGUAUUGUAAAAUCCAGAAGUAUUCACUUGCUAUGAAGUUAUAUUUGUUGAUAAAGUGAAUUAUUGAAAUCUAUUUAUAUAUAAUCCAGCCGGUGAGAGGUGCAUCAUAAUGCUUUUUUGUGCUUUUGCUUUCUCUGUCUCGGUUUUAUGGAAAGGAUGAUGUACUAAGAAUGUUGUAAUGAGGAGCAGCAUAUGAAUUAUCACGAAUGAGUGUUUUUAAAAUAAACAUCACAAAAUUUUUCAUA